GUCAGGAACGCGGUCUGUUGAGCUUGCGCUACGUCCGAUAGUGAUGACGCUAACUAGAAACUCCCGGGAGUGCUUCGAGUGCUUUGCACCCGUGCGUGCAGCGCUAUGGUUCCCCGCAAACUCCGGAAGCUAAGCUUGUCGACGGUACACUAAGUCAACUCUAAGAAAAAUGAUAAUCAAGCCUCCCAUGUAAGAUGCAGACGCUUGUCAGAUGCUGUGGAUCAGCGCAGCCUAUGAUGGUUUGCAGACGAUAGGCCACCGCCACCCCAUGCGAAUUGAAAGCCGUUUUACAUGGCUGAUUUCAACCACCUUCCCUAAUGAUACCCCUGGUUUUCUAUGCAUAGCUAUUAGAGACGUCAUGACAUUCAAGCGAGCCGUGUUUGCAUGUCUUUGCACGGGAUUCAAGGCCGAAGAGACUUCCAUCUGCCAGAAGGGGACCGGGGUAGGCUCAGUACACGACGUGCCACGCUCUUGCAGAGUACCAGGGCAUGACUUGGUACACAACACGGCGCCCCAAAAUGCGUUGUGACACUUGGAUAGAAACUCUUGACAAUGCAAGGCCUCGGCGAGGAGAGUACAGCAGCGUGACAAUGUUUCCGAUACCCAAUAGGAGGGUUUGUUGCAUAUGGCAAGGCUGUCUUUUUGGGGGCAAAAGGUCGUGGCUUUCUCGCAAAAAGUAUGGUAACAGGGGAUCGGCUGGUAGAAUGAUGUUUCGUCACUCGCAUCUAGUCCUCGUGGCU